AUGGGAAACUAUAUGGAAACAUGCAUUCAAAGACAACCUUCUACACAAGAAACCUUACAACACCCACAACAACAACAACAACAACAACAAGAACAUGGGAAAACAAGUGGUACUUUCAGCAAAGAAAGUAGUACACUGAGGGUAAAAUUGGUAUUAACAAAAGAUGAGCUAGAGUGGCUAUUGCUACAAAUGAAGAAAGAUCAAGGGAAGAAACUGGAACAAAUGUUGAAGGAGAUUGAAAGAAGUAGAAUAAGAGGAGAAAGUGUUGCAAAGUGGAAACCUUGUUUAGAGAGCAUCAUGGAGAGCCCUGAGGUUCAACAUCACAUGGAUAGAUCAUCAUGA